AUGUCUGCACAAGAGAAGAAUGUCGUCCGCCAUGAGCUCUUUCAGGAGGCGAUUGGCGCGAUGAACCGGCUUGGUGAAGAGCUCGUGGAUGUGGACGUGCGCCUUGUGGCCGUGGGUGUUCGUCUGGCGGAGGAGCGGCACAAGCUGAAGUUGGCUAUCAACCUCGGGCGCUACCAGCGCGAGCUUGAUAAUGCGAAGGCCGAGGCCUCUCUCAUAGCCUCGCGUGAGGCCUGCUCUCGAGCUCAGGAAGAGGCCCGAGAAGCUGACCGCCGUCGCGAGGCCGCGGAGAAGCGCGCGUGGGAUCUCCAAGCCCGGGGCGCCUCCUUCGAGCGGCAAGUGGAGGAGCACAGGGCCGCCCUUGCGUCGUUGAGGGGGACGCCCCCCGAAGAAGAAGAGAUCCGGAAGGGCGAGGAGGCGUUGGCAUUGGAAGCCGUGGAGCGUUGCCUCGAGCUCGAGCGACUGGAGACGAGGGAGCGUCAAGUUGCCCAAGCGGAAGAUGCCGUUGGCACGCGCGAGGCCAAGGCCCAGGAGGAGAUCGAUCGCCGGGUGGCCGAGGCCCGCGCGGAUCUUGAGGGUAGGCACGACCUGAAGUUGAAGCUUGCGGAAGCUGAGGCUGCAGGUAGGACUGCUGCCCUUAGGCCCAGGUUAGCGGAGGUGGAGCGGCGCAAGGAGGCCACCGCAGCCGCCCUGGUCUCGGCGCAGGCGGAACUGGCCUCCGCCCGCGCCGAGCUGCUCUCUCUUCAGCAGCGGCUCGUUGACGCCAAGUCUGUUGCGCGGCAGAACAGGGAGGAAGUGCUCCAGCGGCGGACACUGGAGCGCGUGCACGCCCCCAUGCUUGAGGGCCUCGGGAACAGGGCCAACCCGGCGCUGGGCCACAUCUGCGAUGAGAAAGCCCCUCAUCCCCGCACGACCGACUAUGCCAGCCAUCUCCGCUUCUUCACCGACGUGGUGAGGCGCCUGGAGAAUCAUUCCGAGAGGUCUCGCCAGUUUGUUGAAGAGAGGAGCCGCGGUCUGCUAAGGCGCGCGUUCUCCCGAGUCUUCAGCCAUCUCCCAAACACCUACCCCAACUUUGAUUUUGACGCUGCCAUUGCCCCCAUUCCGGAGGCCAUCCGGGAUGACCUGGCACGGUGGGUGGAGGAAAAUGUGGACGCGCUGGUCAGGGCCUUCGCUUCUGAGGACGAGGCGGUGGUGGUCGCGGCAGAUGAAGGCGAUGUGGUUGACGAUGGUGACGGUGGCGCUGGUGAAGGUGAUGGUGAGGCUAGCGAUGAUGACAGCAACGCCAGCGACGCGCCUGAGGGCGACCCAGGGGACGCGGCGAGCGAUUUGUCCGACAGAUCCCGUGUUCCCCUGCUGUUUAUCCUACACACAAAGCUCGGGCGCGGCCAUACAGGUUGUAAGAGCAUUUUGGGAGGGGGAUCCCCUCAUGUAAACAGAUUACUAUCCCUAUUUUUGAGCCAAGAUGAACAUGUGCCUUCGUAUGCUCAAGAGUCCCGUGGCGAGUUUGUUGUUGUAAUUUACCUUGACCUGGGCAGGUUCCGAACUGACUCACCAGGUUGUGAGUUCCUGAGUAGCUCCUGA